AUAAUUUGCCAUCGUCCCUUUUUGAUUUCGGUGCCUUGCUGUGAUACUUUUAAACCCCGCCGCUGACGUGCAGCUGUGUCAGGAGGGGCAUUUAACUUUGAUCAUUAGUCAUUCCCAUCAAAGGCACCGGCAGCGUAACUUCAACAAGUCCGCAUCGGCUCACACCAAAUAAAAGUCGACUAUGGUGGAGAUCUUCUCAAGUUAAAUCGAGAGCCUAAACCGACGUGCAGCUGAAGGAUUAUUGUUCUUUCUUCUCUCCUUUUCUCUGUUUAGAUCUGGUAUUUUCCCCUGAUAACAUGGGCGGAGUGUGUUUAUGCUAUUCGUGCACUUGCAGACCAGUGUGGCCAGUUUUCAUUAUUCUGGCUGCAGUGCCCUGUAUGUUGCACUGCUUAGAGAGUCCUGCAGCAGUAGUUGGAAAAAUGUACCCAAGAGGCAAUCACUGGGCAGUAGGUCAUUUGAUGGGAAAGAAGAGUAUUGAGAGCCCGCCUGAGCUGCAGGAGGCAAACCCCGACUACCUCACACCCUCAGAAACAGCCAGGCUCACGGGGCUGGACCGAUACGAGCACCUGAUGGAGGCUGUGAUGCAACCAAAGAACCAGAGACAGGCGCCGCCACAAACUGCAAACAGGCUGCACCGGCUCCACAGCAGCUGGAGACAAGAGGACAGAGGGAAGUAUCCGAGAGAGAUGUCAGACCGUGUCCUUCUGGCUUUGAAACUGCAAGACAGUGACUCCAUCUGAAUGCAAGACCAAGUUCUGUUUGUCAUCAUUUUUGGGUGCUCUGUAAUCACAUAUCCACAUAAUAUGUAUAUAUAUUUUUUUUUCUCUGCUGUAAGAACCAAACAUUAGUUUAUCAGUCAAGUUUCUCUAUCGUGUGGCAUUUUGAUGGCUGAAGGUUGUGAUCCAUGAGCUGAGAACCUGUAAUAAAUUCAACAUUGUCAUAACUGCA